AUGGGAGUGAAGCUUGAGCCAACGACAACAUUGAAGCUCUCUGAAAGUGCCAGCAGGGUAGUACGACGAUUUGGCGCCGGCUCGUCGACGACGAUGGUGCACCGAAACGAUCACCUGGAGGGCGCAACGGAUCAAUUUUUGGUUCGGAGCGGUGGAGAAGGUGCAGGAGCACCUUGUUGUUCUUCUUCGAGUGCUGCGGCAACUUUGAGUUUGACCGGAGGUUUUAUGUGUCCUUCGAUUCCGCGCUCCUAUUUGCAUGACGAGCCCGAUUCUGCUGCUGCUGCUGCUGCUCAACAAACGAGCGACGGAGCAUGUCAACUGGCCUUGUCAGCGGGGCCUUAUUCGACAUCCUCUUUCGUGGCAUCGAACACUGCAGCAACAGCAGCAGCCUGCCAGAUUCCUUCAGGUAGUAAUUACGCAAAUAAUUGUGCGGCAGUGGCUUGUACGGGUCACUUUGCCGCGGCCGGUUAUUCAGCCGAAAGUCAGCAGCAGUCGAAUGCACAAGGUUGUCUUCCGAUGGGUGCAUUGCCUCUUCUAGUGACAUCUCGAGAACGUCAACGUCCUUCUGUAGCAGUGGCAGCAGCAGCACACCAACAACAGCAACUGUGCGUUGGAGGUGCUCGAGAGCUAUGCCUAAGCCGUUCGUCUUCAUUAUGUGCGCUAUCAUCCGGGCAAGAACUACGAUCUGGAUCAGCAAGGAGCUCAGGAGCAGCUCUAGAGAAUGUUCUAGCUCUAGAGAAGGCACAACGAGCGGAAUUUGGUCGACAUUCGACAAGUAGUUCAUCAGCAAGCCCAUGCUCAUCUUCGGCCUCGCCUUCGGCAUCGUCGGCGUGUACGUGCACAAGCGCGACCGUAACCGCUGUCACCCAUGGAAUCGAGAAGAGGGCGAUCAGCCCUGCCGCUGCCGCUCUGUUGAAACGCCGACAUUGUGUUGCUGCCGCUGCCGAAGUGUCGUCUUCGAGACGACUCUCCAAGAAACUGGUGCAGUCGUCCAGCAGCCACGAAUGUGCUCAUCCAGGCUGCCGCAAGAAAUACAGUAAAAGCUCCCACCUGAAGGCGCAUAUGCGAACGCAUAGCGGUGAGAAGCCGUACUGCUGCAAUUGGCCAUCGUGUGGUUGGAAGUUUGCGCGGAGUGACGAGUUGACAAGGCACUAUCGAAAGCACACGGGUGAUCGACCGUUCAACUGCAGUCUAUGCGAUCGUGCCUUCUCAAGGUCGGACCACUUGAGUCUUCACAUGAAACGACACUCAAUCAACGCGCCCAGCUGUUCGUCUCCAGCUGCAGCAGCAGCCGUCACUGCAGGUUCGCUUUCAAAUUCACUUGCAGCCGCACAGUCUCGGAUUGACUAA